AUGUUCGCCCUUGUCGAGUGGAAUGAAGAGGCAGACAAUGAAAGCUGGAGCAUUGUUCCAACAUCACACAUAAAAAACUUCGAUAAUAAUAAGUACUUAGACGGACUGGAUGAGAGAUCUGUAUAUUUAAUUGAAUGGAGAGCUGGACUAAAGAAAAAACCUAGAGGCGGAUGGCCUUUGUACGAGGCAAAGGUGCAUAAAGUUGCAGAGAGACAGUCCACCCUAGAAAAACUUAUGAGUACAAAAUGUCAGUCCAGUCCAAAACUUCUAAGCAAAAGGAAAUGCAGGCCAAACCCCAAGUUUGAAGUGGAGACCAGUAAUUAUGGACCACCUAGCCCCAAAAAGAGGCAAAGUAAUGGGGAAAAUAUGGACAGGGAGCUUUUGGAGAAAAUAAAAUUACACCAUGGAUUUAGUUCUGCUACUUCAGAUACUCCACCUUCACCUACCUCAUGUCCACCUCCCUCAUCGUUGUCUGCUCCACCUUCGCAUACCUCACCUUCUUCCAUACCACCACUUCCUAAAGCUCCACGUGCACCACUGUCAGCUCCACCUACACCUUCCUCUUCAUUGUCUGCUCCACGAUCACAUACCUCAUCUAAAGCUCCACGUGCACAACUGUCAGCUCCACCUUCACCUGCCUCAUGGUUGUCUGGUCCACCUUCAUUUACCUCACCUAAAGCUCCACGUGCAACACUGUCAGCUCCACCUUCACCUGCCUCAUCGUCAUCUACAUCACUUACCUCACCUAAAGUUCCACGUGCAACACUGUCAGCUCCACCUUCACCUGCGUCAUGGUUGUCUGCUCCACCUUCACGUGCCUCACCUAAAUCUCAUCAUGCACGACUGUCAGCUCCACCUUCACCUGCCUCAUCGUUGUCUGCUCCACUUUCAAAUACCUCAGCUAAAGCUCAACAUGCACCACUGUCAGCUCCACCUUCACCUGCCUCAUCGUUGUCUGCUCCACCUUCAAAUACCUCACCUAAAUCUACACGUGCACCAAUGUCAGCUCCAUCUUCACCUGCCUCAUCGUCAUCUACAUCAUCGUCACCUACAUCAUCGUCACCUACAUCACUUACCUCACCUUCUCCUGACAUGAUAGCAGAAUUAAAGGCGGAAAAUGAAGCCCUCAAAAUGGAGUUAGACAACUUGAAAACAAGUGUUAUCAGUCAAAUGCCAAAACUUCUCAGCACAAUGUGCAAGUUGGAAAAAUGGCUUGAAGUGAAGGAGCAGAGCCCAUUCCAACAAAGGGCAUCACCUUCUACCAUACAGGAAUCUCUUGAAAUUUACCCAGACUCAGGAGUCUGUGUGCCGAAAAAUGUGUUGUGGUCAGCUAACCAUGCAAACACCCCAACGACCAUGGCACGGAUGCUUCUAAUUGGAGUGUUUGAUAUAGAUACACUUCUAAAAAGCAAUCUCAGAGGUGGCACUUCCAAAAAAGGCAGCGCUGGGGAAACAAAGGAGGCACUGGACAGAAUCAAAAUUGAUGCAAUAAUGAGCAACAGUCGUCCUAAAGUGAGCGUCCUGCCGCCGUCCAGUGAAGAGAUUUCCACAAAGCAAACAGCAACACUGAUGUGUGUGGCCAACAAGGGCUUCCCCUCAGACUGGAGUCUGAACUGGAAGGUGGACGGGAUCAGCAGCAGGUCUCAGUACAGCAGUGUUGCUCUCCUGGAGAAGGACGGUCUGUACAGCUGGAGCAGCAGUCUGACUCUCUCUGAGCAGGAGUGGAGCUCAGUGAUCUCAGUCAGCUGUGAGCUCACACAGAAAGACCAGCGUGAUAAAGUCACUGGAGAAUUGAGGAGAGAUCAGUGUUCACAGUAG